UUAUAUUUAUUUAGUGUUCAUCAGUAGGAGCCUACUGAUUGUCUUCAUCAUGAUCAUCAUCUCUCUUCUCCUGCUGGCCUCUCUGCUGCCACACCUAACCUUCACUGCUCAUGUGGAUGUGGGUAUAGUGAACGGCACAGAAGCAAAACCACACUCCAGACCUUUCAUGGUUUCUCUUCAGAAGAACUGGCGACAUAUCUGUGGUGGAUUUCUCAUUUCUGAUAGAUAUGUUAUGACCGCUGCGCAUUGCUGGAAGAAUGAGAAACUAACAGCUGUGGUUGGCGCACAUGAGCUAAGACAGAAUGAAGGCUAUGUCCGCAUUGGUGUGAAGUCUUACCACAUGCAUCCUGACUUCAACAUGCACACUUUUCAGAACGACAUUAUGCUUUUGAGGCUAGAGAAAGAAGUUGAACUAAACAAAAAUGUCAUGAAGAUUUCCAUACCAAAAAAAGAGAGACACAUUGAAGCUGAUUCUGUUUGCCGUGUUGCUGGCUGGGGGAGACUGAAUUUUAAAGGGAAAAAGAGUUUUCGUCUCAUGGAAGCAGAAGUGAAGAUCAUGGAAAAUGCAGAAUGUAAAAAUAAAUGGAAAGACAACUUCUCAGCCUCAGAGAUGAUGUGUGUCUAUGGAGAUGGAGGAAGCUGCAGUGAGGAUGGAGGAGGUCCUUUGGUUUGUGGAGACACUGCAGUCGGUGUCACUUCCUUUGGUGACUCAAAAAUCUGCAACAGUCGUGAACGACCUGAAGUUUAUAUAAAGAUUUCACCAUAUAUUCCAUGGAUCUGCUCCGUUAUUGCAAAUUUUUUUGCCAGCAAGAGCUCAUUGAUUGUCUACAUGAUGACCAUCAUCUCUCUGCUCCUGCUGGCCUCUCUGCUGCCACACCGGACCUUCACUGCUCGUGUGAAUGUGGGUAUAGUCAAAGGCAAAGAAGCAAUACCCCACUCCAGACCCUACAUGGUUUCUAUUCAGAAUAACUUUAAACAUACCUGUGGUGGAUUCCUCAUCUCUGAUGAGUUUGUCAUGACUGCUGCACAUUGCUGGAAAGGAUAUCCAAAGAUUCUGACGGUUGUGGUUGGUGCUCAUGACUUAAGGAAGAGUGAGGAUUCAUACCGUGUCGAAGUGAAGUCUUACAUCUCACAUCCACACUAUACAUUCUGUUCACUUCAGAAUGACAUCAUGCUUUUGAGGCUACAGGAAAAGGUCAAACUAAAUAACUAUGUUAAAUGGAUAUCAUUACCGAAGGAAAGAAAUGUUAGUGGAGACACUCUCUGCAGUGUUGCGGGCUGGGGACAACUGUGGACGAAUGGGAUAUUGAGCAAUCAUUUAAUGGAGGCAAACAUGACUACAAUAAACCACGAAGAGUGUCAACGUAAAUGGGGAUCCAAGUACUUGGCAUCACAGAUGAUCUGUGCACAUGGUCAUGGAGGAUCCUGCAAAGGAGAUUCAGGAGGUCCUUUGGUUUGUGGAAACACUGCAGUUGGUGUGACAUCUUUUGGGUCCAGAAUACAAUGCAAUUCAGCUGCGCAUCCUACUGUCUAUACCAAGAUUUCAGCAUAUCUUCAAUGGAUUCACCAAAUUAUUAGAAAUAUUAAAUGAAUUAGGUUAAAAAAAGUAUUUCUUUGAGUUCUUUUGUGUAUCUCUCAAUAAAAAUGUCACA